GGCGAAGCCACGCGGACGGCGGCUGGGCGAGCGGGACUCGCGCGCGCAGCGCCGAGCGAGGCCUAGAAGCCCGCCGGGAGACGGCGGCUAGGUGGAGCGAGAGUCGGCAGUCCCGGGCUGCGCUGGGCGCGCGCGCGCGCGCUAGUAUCGAGUGCGCCGCUCGGCAGUCGGCCCGGCAGCCUCCAGUUGGCCGCUGCUGCUCGCCGCCAGCUCGCGAGGUGAAGCCCUCGGUGAGCUCGCUCGCGCCGCCGUCCUUGAUCCGCGUUGGCCGCGCUCGCGCCCGUCCGCGACCCGGGCCCGCCGACCUGCCGGUGCGUCCGUCCGUUCGUCGUCCCCGCGGGACGCCCCGGCGGCCACCGAGUGCGCGAGUGAGACGAGUGUGCGUUCCCGCGCGGCACGGGGCUCGCUCGCACUGCCGAGUGGCUCCCGGCGAUGACCAGUCGACCGAGCCAGGACCAGUCGGGAGCUGACCCGUCGUUCGCGAAGCCCUGUCUCGCUCUCCUGCUCUGCGAUUCGACCAAGCUAGAUUCGUUAUCGAUCAUGCCUGCCUGAUGGCCCGACCGCUCUCUUGCACGGGCUUCUCUCGAUCGACCGACCCUGAUCGCAACAGCCUCGCUAAUAAUUGCAAGCAGACGGCUCGCUCGAGCGUGCAUUAUUCAUCGAGCUCUGCUCGGCUAUUUCUCAAAUCGCUGAAUGGUCGGCAAGCGUGUCAUUAGGAUCUUUCGGCCGUGCCGCGUGACUCAUCGCUGGGAUGAAAAGUUGACGGGAUAAUUAGGCUGCGACGGCUGCAAUGAGGCUGCAAUUCCGGCGAGAUGAAAAGCGCUGCUCGCGCUGGUCUCUUUCAAAGGGAAGCUUUGGCACACUUUGCCCGGCGUAGCCACGCGCUUACGGACGAGCGAACUCGCUCUCGAGCUCUCGCCCAGUGCAAAAGUCCAACGAAAGCGUCGAGCCUUCUCUGGCGGCGAACGGUUCGCGCGGGUGGAUCGUCGAAUCUCGCGGGCUGGCAGUGACGGGAACGUUGUUGGCAGGUGCGCGCGAGAUGCAGCAGCUGCAGCAGCCGAGCGGGGACGCGCAGGAACGCGGCUGGUGCUCGGCAGUGGUCGCCGGCAAGGCGCGGAUUGAGCGCAGAGUGCAGGUGUGCGCGGCGCCGCGAGCCGCGGAGGGCAUGUGAGGCAUGACCGGGUGGCCGAUGCUCAUCGGACUGCUGCUGCUGCUGCUCGGCGAGUCCGGCUGCGAUCGCGACGGGCCGGCGGCGCCGGGCGCCAGCACCGGCCACGAGGACGUCUACCGUCUGACCUGCUACACCUGUGUCAACGUGAGCGACAACAAGAUGUGCAACGAGUGGGCCAUAGACACGCCCUGCCCCGCGGGCGGCCGCGACUUCUGCCGGUCACUGCACAUCGUCGACAGCCGCGGGCAGAGCGUCCUGGUGAACAAGAGCUGCGCCAGCAGAGCCGAGUGCAGCCCCGCGAGCGUCGGCUGCAUGCCCGUCGACACGCAGAAGAUCUGCAUCAGCUGCUGCGACACCAGCUACUGCAACGUGGACGCGCCGACCGACGCGAGUAACGCCACCUACUCGCGCAGGCGUCCCUGGCCCAAGGGCGCCGAGGCCGCGGCGCCGGCGGAGCCCGGGCCCGGGGCGGGCGCGGCCCGCGGGCCCUGCCCGGCCGGCCUGCUCGCCCUGGCCACGCUCCUCGGCCGCCUGCUCGCCGCUCGGCGCUAGGGCCGCGCGGCCCCGCCUGCGGCCACGCACACACACACCGUCAAUUGCCGUGCGCGCGAGCACGACCCCAGCGGCCGAUCGUCAAUUCGUCUGAGGCGCGUGCCGGACUCCUCGCUCGACCUCUCCGCACUGUGUUCAGUAGGGCAGCUUGCGCACAGGCGCCUAGACGCACCUGUAGUCGUAGUCGACGACGUAGCCGUAGUGUCGUGCAACUCAGCCGCACGCGCGCGCGUAUGUACAUAAAGCCGCGCGCGCGUGGUGGCGCAACAGCGCGGCGCCGACUCGUCUCGCUCCGGCGGGCUCCGAGCCCGCGGCGCCGGGCGGAGUUGGCCGAGGGUCCCAGCGGAUCCCGGAUGUAGAUAAGGAUACGAGAGCGCCUACUCAGCGCGCGUCGCUGCACAAUCAAGGAAUUGCCGAAGCUGUUUUUGGGAAAGGGGUGCCUCUACAGAUACCUGUCGUCGAUAUAACGCAUAUUUUACUUCCCCCCACCUCCCUUCUGCGCGUGCCUGCGCGUUAUCACAUAGUUACUAAUCGGGUGUCGAGGCGAUCCAAGUGCUGUAACUUUAAGCGACCACUCGUCGAGCAACAAAUGAACAACCAAUGGAAUUGAUUACUGUACACAUCUCUCGCGGUGCGACCCGCACGUGUAACUCACAUGUAGCAAACGGUCUAGAUUAGCAAGAGUACCUAUCUCGUAGACGGACACGCGCACGAAACACGCACACGCGUCACAUUAUUACGUAGUAUAUAAGUGAUCGGCCGUGCGCGCGCGAGCUACGGCCGAUCGAUACGUGCGGUACGCGCGGACCGCAGCCGCGUUCGGCGGCUGCCCCCCGACCAGGCGCAUAACACGUAUACCUGUGCACGGCCACGCGCGCACGCGGCAUUCCUCGAUCGAUCAUCGCUCGCGCUCUCGUCGCGAGCCUUUCUUCAGCCUAAGGUGCACGCCUAGCUGUACAUAAGGCAAUAAGCACUCGUCUAUUGCAAUAUUAGCACUAGAGAACUUCUUUUGCGACUCCGGCGAUCUGCGCACGUUGCACUUGCGAUCAGGUCGCCACUUAUUUCGAUGCGUUCGACAUAUUACAAAAGCAAUCGCAGUCUCAUUCAACGAUUUAUAUUUAAAAAAAGUAUAUUAAAUAUCUCACGGCGUAAACCUACGGUACAUGCAGAUAUAUAGAUAUAUAUAUGAACGUUGAUCAUACUUUCUUCUCUUUCUCGCCUAGGCGACUGUGCCUUUUGUUUGAGUGUCAAGCUCGCUGUAAUGUUGCAGCUAUUCUUACGCACGUAUAGCCUUGCAUCAUCAGGAUGAGUCGAGCCGAUGAGGACGCGCACGAAAGCUAAAGUAUUAAUUUCACCUAAAGUCUAUUGGAAGAAAGAAAAAAUAUUCUGCUGUUCGAUUAGGCUAACGGAUAGCACGUGGCUGCGUAACAAAUAUCUAUUUUUUAUAAGCGUAUGCAACAAUUAAUUGUACUCUUGCUCUCUCUCUCUCUCUCUCUCUCUCUCUCUCUCUCUCUCUUUUCCUCUCUCGUCUACUACGCUCUCUUUAUUGUAGCUGUCGAUCUCUACCGUUAUCCCAUCUGAUACUACACGUCAUUUUCAUACUCUACUAUAUCCAACGUAAUUCAUCUAAUUGCAAAUAGAAAUUUCCAAACAUGCAUAUCACAAUCACCUUUGUUUUAUUUGUACACGCACGCGCCUUGAUUGCGUCAGUUAUAUAGUAUUAUUGUUUAAUAUAUACAUACAUAUAUAUAUAUCAGUGACCACGCACGUGUGUGUCACUGCUGUUGCACAUAUCUAUAUUCAUGUGCCAGCAAUACGAUGU